AAGUAUCAUUAGAAUGACUAAUUUAAAAGCUAUAUUUUAUGAAGAUUUAAACUUUUAGUAUUUUCCUUUAUCUGAUGAAUUUAUAUAAGAAAUAAAUUUAAUUUCAGAAUUUAAUUAUUUAAAAGGAAUCCAUUUUUAUAAAAAAAAAGAGUAUGUUUUAGCUAAAAAAUACUUUUUUAAUGCUAUUUUAUAAGACCCGGCCUAUAAGGAAUAUUAAACUCCUUAUUUUGAUUUCCUAGUGAUGUAUGAGAGAAUUCCUAUGUAUAAUUUUAAGGAAGAUUUUGCAGAAUAUGAGAAGAAUUUAUUAAUAAAAUUAAAUGAUGACAAUAAAACUUUGAAAGAGAAAAUCAGAUUAGUAAAAAAAGCAGCAGUUUAUUUAAAUAAAGGCUAUCUUUAUUAUCUUUUAUGUUGUUUUUUAUUCGAAGACUCUGAUAAUUUUAAUGAAUUUAGCUUAAAUAGACUUCUUUUUAUGUUAAAAAAUUUAAAUUUAGAUGAAAAAUAUGAUAAAAAAAGAAACAAAUUAUUCAUAGAAAUAUAUAUAGAAAUACUAAGCAUAAAUGGCGAAUAAAAAAUAGACUAAUUUGAAGUUUUUAUAUAAGAAAAAAUUUAAAAAAAUAUACUUCUAGCAGAUUAUAUGAAAAAACUAUAAAUUUAUAAAAAAAAUUAAUCGUCUGAAAUAAUUCCAUAUUUAAAAUAAUAAUUAUAAGAAAAUAAAGCAAAUACCUAUAUUUUUUCAUAUAAUAUUAUUAGAAAAUUAUUAGAUGAUAACAAAUAUUAAGGUAUGAUAUAAUUGAUGAGUAGUUUAAGAUUAUGUAUAAGUAAUAGUUUAGAAUAGGAUUUGAUACCAUUAAAAAUAAAGAAAUCUAAAAAAGGAAAGAAGAUAGCACAAAUAUUAUAGCAUAUUGAUGCAUAUUAAUACAUAUUAGCUUUAAGGGAAGAUUAUAAAUAAGAUAGUAUAUAUGAAAAAUAGGAUGUUCUUUAAAUGAUAGUUGAUGCAGCGACAUAUUGCUUUGAAUUUUAUAAAGAUAAUGUUAAUAUGAUGUUUUUGUAUAUGUAGUUUUUAUUAAAAUAAAAACAAAUGAAAGAAAUAAAGCUUUUUAUAGAUAUGUUGAAUGCUUCAGCUUUAUAAAAUUAAAAUGAAUAGUUUAUAUUAGUUUUGUUUUAAGUUUAAUAUUAUUAUUUUGAAAGUUAUUAGGACCCUUCAAAUAAUAAACUUUAAAAUUUUUUAUAAUCUUUACUUGUUUUAGUUGAUAUGUUUAGAGAUAAACUUACUUCAGAUCUUAAUUGUUUAAUUAAUUAUAUGAAAGGUGUUAUUUUACUUAAAGUUUCUGAAUAAAGACCUGAUUUAGAAAGGAAAACAAUCUUAAAUGAUUUCAAAAAAAGUCUUUUAUAUUCACCUGAAUAUCAUUUAAAAAUUACAUAAAUGUUUUCUUGA